GCAUUAUGAAAAACAAAAUAAUGUUGGCACCCUGAACUACAUGAAUAAAUACACGGAAAAAUACACAGAUGUAAUACGGGCAUUAGAAUUAUGGUAUACUUACUGUUUUUAUUAAGAUCCGGUUGAGGAAGAUGUGAGAGAGGACUGAAGAUACAAAAAAGUGAAAAAAUCAGUUUGUUUUUGAAUUAGGUAAUUAAUUUAUCUCCCUAUAUAAUUAAUGAUAAAAUAUUCAUUAUAACAAAUAAUUGAAUUAUGAAAUAAUGAUCAGAGCCAUGGCUGAAAUAAAUGUAAAACAAGGUAUUCGAAGUGUUUUACAAAAAAUUGAAGAAGCUUGUGCCAGAAGAAGUUCAGAGUUUGAAGAUAUAAAACCACGUUUGGUCGCUGUCAGCAAAAUCAAACCCAAUGAACUAAUAAUACAAGCAUACGAGGAGGGUCAAAGACACUUUGGAGAAAACUACGUAAAAGAACUAGACGAAAAAUCCCACAGUCCAGACAUUCUGGAAAAGUGCAAAGACAUCAAAUGGCAUUUCAUUGGCCACCUACAAUCCAACAAAGUCAAUAAAGUCUUGGCCGUGCCAAAUCUUUACUUAAUAGAAACUCUUGACUCGAAAAAGUUGGCCACCCAAUUGAACAAAAACUGGCCCAACUUUAGCCCUCCUGAUACAAAACUCAACGUCUUCAUACAGGUCAACACAAGCCAAGAAGAUCAAAAAAAUGGAAUUAAUCCAUCUGAAGUCAAUAGUUUAGCUGAAUACAUUUUGAAAGAUUGUAAAAACUUGAACUUAAAAGGUCUAAUGACUAUUGGGGUGUACGACUAUGAUAUGACCCUUGGACCCAAUCCAGACUUUGUAUGUUUGAAAAAAUGCAGAGAUGAUUGUUGUAAAGAAUUGGGGCUGGAUUGGAGGGACUUGGAACUAUCAAUGGGGAUGUCUACAGAUUACGAAAUGGCUAUAGAGCUUGGGAGUACUAAUGUUAGAGUUGGAUCAUCUAUAUUUGGAGCUAGGCCUCAAAAAAUUUGAGUAAUUAUAGGAUAUUUUCUGUUUUAAUGUUUGUUAAUAAAAUGUUUUCUAAAAUUA